UGCAUGCAAGAACAAAGACUCAACUUUAUUAAACAGAUGUCAAUAAAUUGGCAAAACAUUGCAUAAUUUUCCAGUUUGGCAAAGCUUUUUAGAUUUCAAAAUCAGACUAUUGAAAUGGUUAGUAAGUUUCAACAGUCUCAGUUCAUUUUUUACUGUAUCUUGAUGGCAAUAUAAUACUAAGCAUGACUCAAUACCAAUGAACAACAAAGGCCAAACAUGCAAAUUGUUACAGCAGUGUUUUAACUAAACAAUUACUUGUCAUUUUAUAUACAUACAUAAUAGAGUAUGAGCCUUUUUGGUUUGAGGGUCAGAAUUAUUUAAAACUACAAUCUUUAAAAAUGAGACCAACUGAAUAUUCUCCAAUAGGUCAAUUUACAACAUAUUACAAGCUAUUUUAGGCCAGUAUAUAACCUGUGUCGGUUUGGCUGCUGAUAUAUUUUAGCAUAAUUUGUCUACUAAUAUACAGGGUUUAUUAUUCCCUGUAAUCCUGAGGGUUUAUUAUCAACAUAUUGCUAGCAGAGAUUUCAGAUGCAUACUGUUCUCCUGAUAUCUGUCUGCAAUCAUGUUGUUUGCAACUUUGCCGUCUGUCUGAGAAAUAUUUGCAUUUAAUAGCCCGAUCACUGUUAUUUCAAGAACAUCUUCCUGUCGUGCAGCGCUGGAAAAAAUCCGUGGGCUAGUGGGUAAUGGUAGGUGGAGCUAGAAAUGCAUGUAGUUGGAGGAAAUGCAUAGCUUGCCAUCAGAAGCGAGAAGUGUUGGCGCAGCAUGGCAGACUAUCUUAUAAGUGGGGGCACUGGCUAUGUUCCUGAGGAUGGACUCACUGCCCAGCACCUGUUUGCUAACUCAGAUGGUCUCACCUACAAAUACAAAUAAAUAAGUAUAACUUUGGGUUGCCUGCAUGUUGUGACGAUUAUGGAGCAGGAGGAUAGAGCCAGCAGUGAGGUUUCGUGUUCGUCGAGAACCAUUUUACAAAAGAUUCCAGAAUGUGACUUCUUGAUUCUUCCAGGAUUCAUUGACUUCACUGCAGAUGAAGUGGAUCUAACUUCUGCUUUGACUCGCAAAAUUACAUUGAAAACUCCUUUGAUCUCCUCUCCCAUGGACACUGUUACAGAAUCAGACAUGGCAAUUGCAAUGGCGUUGAUGGGAGGCAUUGGAAUUAUACAUCACAACUGCACUCCAGAGUUUCAGGCUAAUGAAGUUCGCAAAGUGAAGAAGUUCGAGCAAGGAUUUAUCACUGACCCAGUGGUUAUGAGCCUCAAUCAUACUGUAGGUGAUGUAUUUGAAGCUAAAAAUCGUCAUGGCUUUUCUGGGAUUCCAGUGACAGAAACAGGAAAGAUGGGGAGCAAGCUGGUGGGCAUUGUCACCUCACGGGAUAUCGACUUCUUGACAGAAAAGGACUACUCCACGUAUUUGAGUGAGGUUAUGACCAAACGUGAUGAACUGGUUGUCGCUCCUGCAGGAGUCACACUUAAAGAAGCUAAUGAGAUCCUUCAGCGAAGUAAGAAAGGGAAGCUUCCAAUUGUAAAUGACAGUGAUGAGCUGGUUGCCAUAAUUGCAAGGACUGACCUGAAGAAAAACAGAGACUACCCAUUGGCUUCAAAGGACUGUAGAAAACAGUUGCUGUGUGGGGCAGCCAUUGGGACAAGAGAAGAUGACAAAUACCGACUAGAUUUGCUCACACAAGCUGGUGUGGAUGUCGUUGUUCUUGACUCCUCCCAGGGGAAUUCUGUCUAUCAGAUAAAUAUGAUCCACUACAUUAAACAAAAAUACCCUGAGCUGCAAGUGGUUGGUGGAAAUGUGGUGACAGCAGCACAAGCUAAAAAUCUGAUAGAUGCUGGUGUGGAUGCUCUGCGUGUAGGAAUGGGCUGUGGAUCCAUAUGCAUAACACAAGAAGUUAUGGCUUGUGGCAGGCCUCAAGGAACAGCAGUAUACAAAGUGGCAGAGUAUGCUCGACGGUUUGGUGUUCCAGUCAUAGCUGAUGGAGGUAUCCAGACAGUGGGACAUGUGGUGAAAGCUUUAGCUCUUGGUGCAUCUACAGUAAUGAUGGGCUCCUUAUUGGCUGCCACUACAGAGGCUCCAGGUGAAUAUUUCUUCUCUGAUGGCGUGAGACUCAAAAAGUACAGAGGCAUGGGCUCACUGGAUGCCAUGGAAAAGAACACAAGCAGCCAGAAAAGAUACUUCAGCGAAGGUGAUAAAGUGAAAGUGGCCCAAGGUGUUUCUGGUUCUAUUCAGGAUAAAGGAUCCAUACAUAAAUUUGUACCAUACCUAAUCGCAGGUAUUCAGCACGGCUGCCAAGACAUAGGGGCUAAGAGCCUUUCCAUCCUCCGCUCCAUGAUGUAUUCAGGUGAACUCAAGUUAGAAAAGAGGACCAUGUCUGCCCAAGUAGAAGGAGGAGUCCAUGGUCUUCAUUCAUAUGAGAAGCGUCUGUACUGAGCCCAGCAGGCGUAACCAUCGACAGUCAACUCCCAACAUUCCCAGUCUGGUGCAAGCCAAAUCUCCUAAGCAUUGAAGAACCCACUUAUGUACUGAGCAAUUGGCUCCACCUCCUCCCUGUCCCAAAUAAUGCAGGAAAUUCAGCUCGGCAAUGUUUACUGACUCACCACAUGGCAUGUAUUUGCACUACAGAAACUUUUCCAUGGGGUGUGUGAAAGACUUCAAGGGUUGAGAACACUGUUACUACUAGCAUCCAAGCAAUGUUAUUUGUGAUUGUGAUAAACAAGCUUGAUUAAACAUAUUUAUUGAAACAGAGCUUUUUGUUGACCUUGGUUAUGCCUACAGCCCAUUUGCAGGCACAUGGCUUUACCAACAAACAAAGGGUUACACAGUGGAUUGCAAUAAUGUAUUUUCAUUCUCUCGCGCCACAUCCUUUAAAAUACAUAAAGAUGGACAGUAAACAGUCUUUUUGAUAAAUGUGCUAUUUGUGAAUAAUCCGUAACAUUCUCCUGGUAUAGAAAUCAAUCAAAUUUGACGUAUUCUUUUAUUUGCUCUAAUGAACAGAAUAUCGGCCAAGCUGAGCAGCAAUACACCAAAUGAACUAGUUUUACUGUGCUGUCAGACCUGUGUUUAUUUGUCUUGGUUAAAGAUUACUUCUUUUACUUGGACUUUUCCUCCAUCAUAAUGCCUUCUCAGUGUCUGAAGUACUUACUGUAGUAUCUUGUACCUUGUAGGAUUGCUCCAUAUUAUAUUCAGACUUGGGCUUGAUGUGAUCCAAUACAGUUAUCAGUAGCUUUGUAAAAUUGCUUCUCAGUAUGCUGGCUGUUGGGUAAAGAUAGCUGCUGUCCUAAUGAGCACUAGCUAGCCCAUUUACACAAUAAGCCACAGAGAUCGUUUAUUUUAUUCAUUGGUACCUAUGUGUACUGAUUUAUGCUUCUUUUUCACUAGUAUGCAAAAGCCACUUCUGCUUGAACACACCAAAGCUGAGCCUAAAUGUAGUAGUAUAUCUAAUGUUUACAAAGAUUUGCUGAUGUCUGUUCUGGAAACACACUUUCCAUGCUGUUUUUUUUUUCUCUCAUUAGGCCUAAGACAUUUCAAAGUUAUUAUAAUCUCUUGUGUUUGAGCCUCUCAAACACCACAGUCGCAAAUCUGAUUCAUUGUAAGUGGUCAGUGAUCAUUCAUUGAAAGUGUCAGUUUGGAUCUUGUACAGAGGUUAAUAAAGUUUUGAUGUUUACCCAAA